CUGGAGGACCGACCCAAAACCGCCUUUGUCCUGUUUGAGGGCACGUGGCAAUGGGUCCUGUGUCCCAUGGGAAUUUGUAACACCCCUGCAACGUUUCAGCGGGCCAUGAAUACGGCCUUCGCAGAGUUCGUUAACAAAACUCGACUGACCCAGCCUCUGAUCAAUUUCUGCGUGAUUGUGUACAUGGAUGAUAUUUUGGUCUUUUCAAAAACACACGAGUACCACGUGGAACACAUUGAGUGGGUUUUACAUGCACUGAAAGAUGCGGGGUUCAGAGUGGCCUUGGAGAAAAGCGAGUUCUUCUUGUCGGAGAUCUCAUUCUUGGGGUAUAUCGUCACGGUCGACGGACUAAAACCGGAUCCGAGGAAGGUGGCAGCAGUUCAAGACGCCCCGGCGCCAGUCACACUCACCCAGGUUCGGGCUUUUCUAGAGCGGGCAUCCUAUUACCGACGCUUCAUCAAGGGGUUCGCUGGCAUAGCGAAGCCCCUCACGAAUCUGCUGAAGAAAGAGGAACAGUUGAUCUGGACGCCGGAAUGCGAAGCGGCGUUUCAGGCGUUGAAGGAGGCUCUGACAUCUGCUCCUGUGCUGGCGCGCCCCAACCCGACAAGACCGUUCGCACUGUACACAGACUGGCAGCCUCAGGCGAUAUCGACGGUGCUGACUCAGCACAGCAAGGAUGGAAGGGAGCACGUCAUUGAAUAUGCGUCCAAGACGCCGAGCCAGGCGCAGGCUAAUUACGAAACGUGCAAAGGGAGCAGUAUGAACCAUUGCCAGCCGGAGCAUGAGCCCCUCGAGCACUUCCAGACGCCGCUUGCAGAUCGCUUGUUGCGGCAUCGGUUUAAUGAGGAGAGGCAGUUGCGGUACGACAUCCAACAGGUGAACGUGCCAGCGCCCGGGGUUGCUGAUUUGGCAGCGUACUCGUUGCUUUGCGAUCGGCUGACAUAUGCGGGAGUGUACGUGGUCGUGACGCAGUUGCCUGGCCGGGAGACGACCCGAGUAUUCAUUGAGUUCCAUGCGCUCCAGGUUGCACCCAACUUCGUGCACAGCGUCGCCACCUUCAUCGGUGACUUGACGGUCCUACCGCAGCAGAAUCGGGAGCCGGCACGCAGCUUUGUGCACGAAUACGCGGUGGAAGCGGCCAGAUCAGUGGCCAGAGUGCAAGGACGGGGGGGACACCGAUUCACAGCCCACAAAGUGCUGCUGCGUAGGGCAGAGGACGAACCGAUUGCGUUGGUGCCGCAACUCCCCGCGCUUCUCCCUCCCUCUGCUCCUCUCAACUUCCAAGCUAUUCCCCUUGUCCCCGGAGAAGGGACGGUGGCGUUGUACCCCUUCGCCCAGCUCCAGACAAUCGAUCCGGGAUUGUUGGAGCUCAUACAUCUUGAGCUCCUCUCCAUUGCGCAAGUGAUUGUGAGCGAGGAGGAGGAGAUCCAACCCCGAUUGCGGACGGCAAUGGCCCCGCGGAGAAUGUACAACGCGGUCGUCAUCCCGGAUUACAUUGCGCUGCGCGUGGAGAGAUUGGAGGACUUCCCGGAGGAAAGGCCGUUGCAUCCUCCCUCGUCGUAUCCUCGACCAGCGCCACCGAAGGCCCCCAAGAAGACGCCGAAGAGGAAGAGACGCCACCUGUCGCCAGGAGCGCAAGGCAGCAGGAUCGGUGGCGGCGAAGAGGUGAUUCAGCCCGCGUGUGCGGCGACGCUCGUUAAGGAGACUAUCGUGCCAUCGCCGCCCAUUCCGCGUGUGCCCGAUCUCAAUCUUGAUGGAGUCGGGCCAUCAUCAGCAGCAGCAGCCGGAGGAGGAAGCCGAAUGGGAUUUCCGGAUCCCAUAUCCAGACUUCCCGUCCUCGCGGGACCUCUCCGUUCCCUCCAGCCACCCCGGGGUGCCCUGGUAAUUGACAUUAGUAGUUCAUCUGAGCCGGACGGUCCAUCCGACCGAGGUGGACUUCAUGGUGGAGACCACAACCAUCUGGCUCGAGGCCAUCGUGGGGGCGCCGCGCCCUGAUCCGGCGUGGGAGCUAAAUCUG